AUGUCUGUCCGUGCCAUGCUCUCUGCUGUUGUCCUCCUCGGCCUCCUCCUGCCUUCCUCCAUGGCCGUCCACGUUCUCUAUGGAGGCGACACUCUGAACACCGGCCAAUCCCUCACCGAAGGGUCAUAUACCUUCAUCAUGCAGUUCGACUGCAACCUGGUGCUGUACGACAACAGCAGGUCCGUGCCCGUGUGGGCCUCAGGAACCAACGGUCAAGGCAGCAACUGUGUCCUCCGCAUGCAGAAAGACGGCAACCUCGUCAUCUACGACGGCGGCAGCAAGGCAGUUUGGGCGAGCAACACCAGCGGCCAUCUGGGCAACUUCGUCCUCAUCCUGCAGCGAGACCGCAACGUCGUCAUCUACGGCUGUCCUAGGUGGGCCACCAACACCAACACCGCCAAUUCCGAAGGCGUCGUGAUCGUCAAAAGCGGCCGGAAUGAUACUGGCCCCACUGAUCCCGGCGACCGAUGA